UCCCCGCCGACUCCUCUCAUGUGAUUGAUCCACUGCCCGCGUUCUUCUUUAGCAACUGAAUGUUGAAAUUUUGCUUGAUAUAUAUGAAGAAAUGUUUUUGGUAUCCCAUUCAUAAACAACACAGAGUGAAAGAUUUACAAGAACAGAAAGUUGUGGCGACCCCCAAAUAUGUUAUCAAUCCAAAGGAAAGUGGAGAGGAGGCGGGCCAGAGAACUGAUCCAUUUAGGUGGAUGAUUGAUGGUUUCUCAACAAUUGCAAAUCGAGGUGCUGAUAUGCAUUACUCAAGAGUUUCACAGCCUGUGAUUUUAACUGGAAGUUGCAACUGGAAUCAGUUUUAGAAGAAGAUGGUGAGAAAUAUGUUGGUCUUUACCUUUCAAAUGAUGAUGCAGAUUCAAAAAGCUCAGAGAUCAAGGCAAGCUACAAGCUCUUCAUAUUUGAUCAACUACAUGCGGAGCACAUACAAAAGGAAGGUGACAAAACAUUUGAAGUUCCAGAAUAAUUGAUCAUAAUACAGGAAGUUGCUCUUACCGGGACUUGUUGGUGUAGUUAAUUAUCAUGUUAUUAUCUUCAUUUGUGUUUUUUUAUGUAGGCGAAGACUAUUUCCAUAGCAAAUCCCAUGGAUUUUGUUGUAAGGUUGCAUUGAACAAGUUCAACAAUCCAAAAUCUGGUCUACUUGUCAAUGAUCGUUGCGUCUUUGGAGCUCAAAUCUUGGAGGCUUUUGCAUGCAAAUCAGACAAAGAAGGAAUCCAUGAAUCCUUGUCCCUUAAAAAGGACCCAACUCCUCGAAUAUAUACUUGGGUAAUCAAGGAUGUUUCCAAAUCUAAGGAGACACUAAUUUCUGGAGCUUUUGCUGCAGGCGGCUACAACUGGUGUAUCUGGCUCUUUCCAAACUUAGACAUAUACAAAGACUCCCUUGGUGUUUUCUUGAGGAUGGACAAUAAUGCUGCUAGUCUUUCUUCCAAGACAAGUGUCUAUGUGGAUUUUAGCCUUUGCUUGUUGGAUCUACACAAUGCCAACCAUCGGAAGCUUACAGUGAAAUAUUUGUUCUCGUCAAAGAGUGUCGGUUGGGGAUUUUCCAAGUUCUUAAGCUGGAAAGAAGUACAAGAUCCAUCUAGAGGAUUUCUGCUCAACGAUACAUGCAUCGUUGAAGCAUCCGUUGGGGUCCUUGGAGUAGACACCAUUCAUUGAACAGUAAUCAAAAGAAUUCAUUUUGACUUAAAUAAGAUUACCUGUUC